UUCCCUCUCUUUUAAGCUUUAUCCGCUUCCAAAAAUUUAAGUUUUGUGCCACCCAGGUUGAAUUUAAUCAAGUUUAUUUUACGGGUUUUAUAAAAUGCCCUAUAAUUUUCAAAAAUUUAUAUUUUUACUUUUGCAGAACAAUUCGCUAAACAAUUCUUUAUCAAAUCUUUAUCUUAUCUUUAUCAAAAAUGGAGAAACAAUUGUCUUUUUUCUUAGGAGUAGCUAUUGGUGCUACUAUUCCGUCGUGCCUUUAUUUCUUCAUUUUUAAAAAGAAUUCUGGAAAAAAAUCCAGUUCUUCAGCUUCUUCAAUUUUCAAUAUGGAGCCAAUUACCAGCUUAAACCUCAGUCAAAGCGAAACAUUAUACAAUUUAAAUUGUUGUUCAAUCAAUACGGAUGAAGACAAACCGACUCCAUCUGAUGCAGACCUGCACCGCGUGGCCAUCCACGAGGCUGGUCACGUGGUUGCUAGUUUUUUUUGUGAAACUACAGCAAAGGCGAUAAAGGUGACAAUUGUAUUGGAAGGCAAUCGACUUGGCCUUACUACUUUUGCAAAUAGAGCAAAUAUUUCUUGGACUGCUGAGGAAUGUUUUGAGAAAAUGAUGACUUUUCUCGCUGGAAUGGCAGCAGAAGAAUUAUUUAUUAAGAAGGAUUCAAAAAUGGCUCAAUAUUUAAGUCAAAUGCGAAUCAGAAAUUGCUCAAGCAAUUGUCAAGAAGAUUUAGCCAAAGUCUACAAUUUGGCUAAAGAGAUGACAAUGAAAUAUGGAAUGAACCCAGAGAUUGGCCCUAUUGGUAUUGGUGAUUUUAGUACAGAAGAAAUGGAAGCAAAAGUUCUCAUCCACGCUGGGAACUUGGCUAAAUUGGCUUAUGACAAAUGUUUGGAACUAAUUGCUGACAAGGAAAUUUUUGUAAAGAAAGUUGCUGCCCGCCUUUUGGAAAACAAUACAAUUGAAGAAAAGGAAUUGAAUGAGUAUGUUUUACAAAUAAAUAAAAAUAUUUAA